AGACAGUAUAGACCUAUCUCCAAGGAGGCAGAAGCAGACCUGUACUUCUCCUACUCAAACCGACUAAAACCUCCCCCUUCUGAUUUAAUUUUAGGGUUUUUUGUUUUAUCACUUUUGAUUCAUCCAAUAUAUAUACACAUUGCAGACACGAUUCAUUCUUUGAAUUUGAUCUUCACUUCCCAUUACGAUCUACCGGAGAUCGACGACAUGAACUCGGAUUUUGAAAUGGCGGAAAUGCAUCGUCAGAAGUCGAAGAAGAAAUUCAUGGCGGAAAAUAAUGCUUCGUCGUCUCCGUCGUUAUCUUCGUACUUCCCGGUGAACUCAAGCCAUAAUCUCCUCCAGCAGCAAGCGAAUCCCUUCCCUUUCACCCAACCGUUCUUCCAGGAACACCAUUUCGUACAGCCCUUCUUCGACGACCCGGUUCGCGAGCACGGCGGCAACACCAAUCUGCUGCUCCCUUUGAGCUUCAAGCUUGGGUCGUCCGGUGACGAGAUCGGCCAGAGAAACAAUGCGCUCGGAGACGACGCUCCGUUACAUCGCAAUUGCCACGGCGGCGGCGGCGGUGGCGGUGGUGGCUCGCCGGAUGCGAUGAUUCAGUGUUGGGAAAACCAAGAAGAUUCCGCGCUUAAGCAACGUUUCUGGAAGCCCCUGAGUACAGAAUUUCCAAAUGGGAAUGAGAAAGAAUGCCCCAAAGAGAAUGAUGAUGAGGAAAAGAGGAAGGAACAAGAGAUGAGUCGCCAUGAAACUGAAGAGAAGACCAAAUUUAGCUUCUUUGAUGGGGAGCUAGAAGCCAUUUAUCGCCAGGCGGACAUAGCAGAGACUGCUCAAACGGCGUCUGGCUCAGCCCUCACCGCCGAGAACUUCCCUGCUAGUGCCAGUCGCCAUUCCCAAAUGCCAGAUAAUAACGCAGAAGCCCUUGCAGGGAAGGGAAGAAGGGAUAGGAAGAGGCGAAAGUUGAAGAAGGAUGUCGAUAAUGAUGAUGAGUAUAGGUCAAUGGGAGAAUUCUUUGAGAGUUUAGUGAAGAGAGUGAUGGAUCACCAAGAAGAGCUUCACAGCAAGUUUCUGGAGACUAUGGAGAGGCUGGAACGCGAAAGGGUCGGGAGGGAAGAAGCGUGGAGGAAGCAAGAACAAAUGAAUCUGGAACGCGAAGCCGACGAUAGAGCCAACCAGAGAGCCUUGGCUUCAUCUAGAGAAGCUGCCAUUCUUUCCUACUUGGAGAAAAUCACUGGCCAAAAGAUCACCCUUCCUAGUUCCACCUGAACACCCUUCAUUAUCAACUGACUAAACAAAAAGAAAAGAGAAGUGGGGUAACAUCAAGAAAGUGGACAGAAAGCUCACCCAAAUUAAAGUUAUAUGGUAGCUACUGAUCGUUCAGAGCUUUAUAUAUAUUGUUGGGUGGAAUACUGUAGAAGAGUUGGUGCAUGGCAUGGCAACAAAAGUAUUGUUGCAGCUUUUGAGAGCCGUCCGAUCCCCAAGAAACGUUGAUCCAGUAGCAAGUUAGUAAUGAGUUAGAUGGAGAUUAUCAGAUGACAGAAAUCUGGCAUGCAGGUUAGAUUAAGUAUAUAUGCAUGCCAGGUAGAUUAAUAAUAUAUGUUGCCCGUAAGGGCUUAGCUCAAUGGUUCAAUAGGUAGUAUUUGGAAGAAGACAUCAAUGUUCGAAUCUCGACGGCGGUAGUGUAGAGAAUAUGUCUAAAGUGGGCAGGCAUUUGACCCUAUUUACUGAGCUAUUGAAUUAUCGUGAUUUACAUUUUUUCAAAUGCCGUGUCAGGUUGCGGGAAUCUUUAGAAUUGGAGAUUUAACUUUUAGGAGAAUAAGAUUAAUAAUGUAUGUUACUUAACCUGAAUAUUGUCGCGAUAUGAUGAAAUCAGACAUCAUAUAUGCUUGAUGUAUGGGUUCAUUUCAUUAAUAUUUGAUUGAUCAACCUUUUAGAUUAAUAAAAUUAUAC